CCUUCUGGAGCGAGGCCGUACCCAGGCAGUUCUGUGAUUGGCUGAGGAAAGGGGAGACGGGGUGGGGUUUACUCUUCCCAGCUGCUCUUUUUCUUGGUCACGUGUAGUUGACGCGAGUCGUGUUUCCGUGCUGCACCUGCUACGUCAUCGAGAAUAUGAGGUGGUGAAUGCAGCAUCCAGUUUGGUCGGCGGCAGUAGCAACUUUUAACUCCGAAUUGCGUUUUCAGGUGGCAUGGAAGACGCAACAGGAAAAGAAAUCUAAGAUAUAUAUUGAGGGGGGAAAAAAAGAUGGAUUCACAAGAUUGUGUCCCACCAAAUUCAAAGCAAGAUAUGAGCCAUCACAUAAAGAGUAACUCUGGUAAACAUUAUCUUUGUGGCUAUUGUGCAGCCUUCACCAAUAUAAUAGUCACCUUUCCCAUCCAGAAGGUCCUCUUUCGACAACAGUUGUAUGGCUUGAAAAUAAAGGACGCAGUACAUCAACUGCAGAAAGAUGGAAUUCGAAAUCUCUAUCGUGGAAUUCUUCCUCCAUUAAUGCAAAAAACAACUACUCUGGCUCUAAUGUUUGGCUUGUAUGAAGAUUUCUCCUCCUUGCUACAUAGUCACACAAGUGCACCUGAACUUCUAACUUGCAGCAUGGCAGCAGUGCUUGCAGGGACCACAGAAGCCCUUCUUACACCUUUUGAACGAGUCCAGAAUUUGCUUCAAGACUACAAACACCAUGACAAAUUUACAAACACUUACCAGGCUUUCAAGGUACUAAAAGUCUAUGGGAUUAGAGAAUAUUAUCGGGGUUUGGUGCCUAUUCUGCUCCGGAAUGGAAGCAGUAAUAUCUUCUUCUUUGGCCUACGAGGACCUAUCAAACAAUGUCUGCCUGAAGCAACUUCUUAUAGCACUCACUUGGUCAAUGACUUUAUCUGUGGUGGGCUGUUGGGUGCCAUGCUGGGAUCCUUGUUUUUCCCAAUGAAUGUUGUAAAAACUCGCAUGCAAUCUCAAAUUGGUGGUGAAUUUCAGUCUUUUUCAAAAGUUUUUGUGACAAUAUGGCUAGAACGUGAUAAAAAAUUGAUGCAUCUUUUCAGAGGAGUCCAUCUGAAUUGCCAUCGUUCUGUCCUGUCCUGGGGCAUAAUCAAUGCAACAUAUGAAUUCCUGCUAAAGCUAUUAUGAGAAAUGUUACCUUCCUUUGAAACAUCUCUAUUCACUUGGGUAUUUGUACAUUUUAGGUCACUUUGUCUCUGGAAAUAGGUUAAUUUAUGAAACUUUUUGUAAAUAACAUGGAGUACCAUGAAACUUGGAGAGAAUUCAAAGCAGCCAUUACAUCUCAGUAGGGAGACGGAUGAUUUUUUAGUGGCUGCUUAGUGUGGAAUGUAAUUAGUCUUAUUAACAACCUUGAAUAUUUAUGGGGUAAAUGGCAAUAUAUCUAAUUCUUGAUGCAAUUCAAUAUACUUCUAAACAAGUUAAAGUAUUUAUAUGCUGGUGGAUAAAUUUACCCAUAGUGGAAUAACUGGACAAAUGCAAAGUAAAAAAAUAUCUGUAUAUUGGUCUAGUGGUUUAUUCUAUAAUUUCCAACAUUUUCCAAUACUCACAAUAAUCAAAUUUUAUGUUGUACAUUGUAUAAUUUGAAAGUAAAGAGGGAGCCAAUGAAAGGUAAUUAUCUUGUUUGAAACACUACAGAGGGUUAAAAACUAAGCUUCCAAAUGUCUUGGAGCUCUAAAUUAUCUUUGGAGUGUUAUAAAUACAUAUUAUAAUAUUGGCUUUUCGCAAGUAUUAGGAUGAAUGCUACAUGUAUAAUAUUAAAAUGGCUUUGCUGUAAUAGUCGAUAUAGUAUGUUUGAACUGUCUGCUUAGUUAGGAUAACCUCCAGUGAACAGAUGAUGGGGACCCUGCUGAUUAUCAACACUCACCUUCUGUGGAAAGAAGGAGCCAAGGCCCAAAUUAAAAGGUGAUAAGGAUUAAAAUCACAAGCCAAGAAACACGCAUGCUCUAAAAAGGUGGACCCAUGGAGUGGCCAUGCUAAAAAGUUGCUGGAAAAUGUAAACUAGUUAAUAGAAAAGUUUGAAUAUGCAUAAAGUCUAUGAAUAUGCAUCAAGUUGAUGCAAUAGAAAUGGUAUAUAAAAGGGUGUUUCCAAAACACCAGGUGUGGUCUUGGCAGAGAGCCAAGCAUCCGGCCAUUUUAACCCUUUGUUUUAUUGUCUUUGUCUCCUAUUGUCUUUUUUUUAAUUAAACAUUUAAAAAUUUACCAGGAAAGUGAAUGUUGUUUUUCACAGGAGUUUAAACAGAAGCUACCAAUUUUUUAUUAGGAUGACUUUCUUUCUGAACCUCAAGUUUUAAACUGAGACUACACAAACUAUUUUGUUAACCAUUUUACCACUCAGCUUUAACAUGAGCAUCAUCUCAUUCAUCAAUAGCUACUGAAUAUUUAACUUCAGUGUAAAUUGACCAAGUGCAAAGUGGGAUUGUGUCUAUGUAUGAGUGUGCCUUGAAAUGGAAAGGUGGAAGGAGCGUGACAGGAAUUUUAUCUCAAGCUUUAAAGGUGUUACUUGUUGAAAGUCCUAUUUGCAAAUUUGGUAUACUUAAGUUUUUUGCUUUUGUAUUGCUUUGUUUCUGUUGCAAACAAAAAACUGAUCUCACUCUGUAAUGCUCAAACAGUAAUACAUCUUCCUUUGAUUAGAAAACUACUUGAUUUACAGCUCUUUUUCUUUUGCAAACUAUAUUUUUUUAAUUUGUACUGUGACAGAAUUUUAUAUUAGCACUGACAAAGUGAGAUUUCUGGAUAUAAGCAUUUAAGGCCUUAAAGGGAAAGCAAGCAUAACUACCAAACACGUGUCUUAAUUCUUUCUUAAUUCUUUUUUUUUUUCCUUUAUUUGGGGGUGUGUUAUUCAUGAAAGUUUAUGAAGUAUUCUUUGUUUUGAAAUUGGGAGCAGGAGAAGGUUCAGAAACUAUUUUUAGUUAUUCUUUUCCUAUGCUUUAGGCCUUGUGUAACUAUCAGUGGUAAUACAGUAAAACAAUAAAAGGAAUUCUGUGGCUAAUAACUUAGACUUCAAGCAUUUCUAAUUUGGUUAUCA